GUGCGUCGUCCUCAGGGCACAAUAUUGCUUUUUUUUUUUACUGUAGAGAAGCAAUGAUCGAUACAGCUGACAAUCAUGUAAUUUUAGAUGAAGGAGGUGAGUUCUUUGACGAAGACCCUACGGUAGGUCGGGGUGUUCCUUCUGAUCCAGCCGGUUAUAUAGCAUGGAAACCCUUGCAACCGGCACCCUUAACUCCAACAAUUUUAAAUGCUGUUAAAAGUAGCGUGUCCGAGGCCGCAACUAAUUAGAAAGGAGUUAAAAGGUGACGCUUGGUUGUUCAUUAGGACUAUACAUUAGCGAAAUCAAAGGAAGGGUUAUUAUUAUGAGCUGAUCUAUGAAAAUACGCAUAGAAGUGUUAUGGCACUGAAUACUUGUCGCGUUAUGGUUGAUAUUGAGUUGAAAAAUCAGAAGGGGUCAAUUAUGCGCCGAUAACGUCAAA